AUGUCGCACCACGGUUCAACUGAGAUAAGCGGCCACUUGGCUGCAGCAGAGGCAGCGUUUAAGCAAUUCGCAUUGGAGUCAUGGGUUCUCACAUCAGUCGCUAUCUUAAUCUGCGCAUUAAGGACAUAUGCAAGAGUUAGGGUAGUUGGCAUGAAGAACCUCUGCGUCGAUGACUACAUGGUCUGGGUUGGAGUAGUUUGUUACACUACGUUGACGGCCAUGGCGUACUGCGAGGGUACAAAGGCAAAGGGUCUUGCAAAUACCGCCAUGACGGAUGCUGAGCGAGCCGCUUUGUCUCCAAUGGAUGCUGAGUAUCGGCAAAGGUAA